CCAAAGCUUCCAAGAGAUUGCCUUAAAUUGCUGGAACGAAUAGUAACAGUUGCCUUGCCGACCAACAAAGGUUUAAACAAAAAAAUGCGUGACGAAAUUACCAAUGAAAACAGAAAACAGAGAGAAUUAGAUACCCUCCAGUCUUUCGCAAAUGUACAAGCAUUCCUGCUGGCUGCUUUAGAACAAUCACUAGACACUUUACCGCGCUGGAUAUGGAUGCAGACAAACGAAGAUAUCGCGAAUAUAAGCCAUGAAUAUCAACUUCUUCAGACAUCCAAAUUCAUCCUUACCACAUUUGCAGACAACUGCACACAGAAAAAGCGGCAGAAAACCAACUCGGAACGAACAUACUGGGUUAGGCACAUAGUACAUAUUUUUCAAUCAUUUGCGAACCAAACUGGCUAUUUGCAGUUCAACUGGUGCGAAUCUCAGACCAAGCAGCAUGCAUUGGCAGAAAUCAAUCUGAACAGCUGGACAAAGCCCACAACACGAUUCUGUGAUGGUCUCGGGUUCGACUGGCUAGGCAAAGAGAGAUUGUCAAUGGAAGGAUCUAGCGGUCAAUAUGAAGAAAAAAUCGAUCAUACUAUCAGCGAUACUGCCAAACAAAUAAGCAAUACUAUUUCAAUGCUGAAAGGAUUCACAAUGGCAAAUAUGGACGCAAGCUUUGAAACAUUGAAACUGGUUAAAAUCUUUGGUGUGCAAGCUAUUGAAAGGACGAUCACCUUGACGGAAACAAGCUAUGACGAUGAAUCUACCAAGUAUCUGUACAAGGUGGUACGAACAGCACGGAUUCCAAUCGAGUAUGAAGAGCGGUAUGAUUGGCUGCGAGUAUUUGAAUUAUUAGCGUACCUGCUAGUUGAAUUGAAAGAACAAGUUCGUAUACAUGAAACUCUUAACAAGGAACAAACCAGCGUUAGUAUAGUUCAACCCGAAGAAACUGUACAAAUCAAGCUGGGCAUCGGUUUAGACGACAGCGCAUAA